CACUAGUGCAAAAAAACGACAAGAACGAAGCGAAAAAAAAACCUAGAGUGGGCCGAUGAGCGCUCAACCAAUAGAUGCGUUAGACCACCCUGUCGUCCUGGACGUCGGUCGGAGCGCGGCGGAAGUAGCGACCAGACGGGGGCAUUUUGUGAUGCCAGAGGGCGCUGGAUAGUUCACAGUGAUUGAGAGUGCUACAGUAAAUAAUAUGCCAAACAUGGCCAUCGACCGAUGUUUGUUGACCAGGAAAUAGUGUUUUGUGGGAGCAAACCGGAGGAUUGUACCCAUUCGUCCGUUCAGGUCCGAUUUCGAUCUUUGUAUAUACGUUGGACGUUGAAGCAGUUGUCCACUGCAUCACAAGCAAGUCGGAGUUGGAACGAUCCUACUACGACCGGCUAUUCCAAAGAGCCUGGGCAUAGCUUUGGGCAUUUUAUACCUCAUCUAUCCCACACGACGUCUUGUACCAGGACGGAGCAAUGUUGCCGCGUCAUGUCCCUGCUGGCUCAGGGCAGUCCGAUCGUGGAGACGAUCAGACAAUUAUAGAAGAUGCACAGCACGAUCUUACACCUACUCUAAGUCUCUCAUCUAUCUAUGAUCGAUGCUACACGCAAGCAGUCUACAAACCCAUCGCAACUGAAAAUAAUGUGGGCAAGCACCACGUUGGAGAUUACGAAGCCGUUUACCCCGAUUCCUCAGAAUCCUCACUAUCAACUCCAUUCCUUUCCCCUCCACGACGAAAAGAAACAUCAGAUGCCUAUGACCCCGACGAUAUGCUGUGUACGGUCGCCGAUGAGGCGUGGUCAGAUAGGACACCCAAGAUCUCAUGGUUCCAACGAGUGCGAAGCUGGUAUAAGCCUGUUUACGACUACAAAACUCCAGGAUUAAGUUACGAUGAAAGACGUAGACCUCGGUAUUGUGGGGGAAGACUGAAACGAUGGCAGUUCAUCCUGCUUCAUGCACUGAUCAUUGGACUAUUCAUGGCGAUCGUCGUUGCACCCCUCACGUACUUUGUGAUCAUCCCCGCCAUUAUUCAGAGCAAAAUCAACGGCAUCGAUAUGAAUUCUCUGGGCAUUUCGCGAAUUGAUGUUGUGAGCUGGUCUGCAAAUGGCCUCCGCUUUGGUUUCGCAGCCAUCCUGCCGUCCCAGCUCUUCCUUCCAAUACGCGUCACCCUCGCACCAAUGUCCGCCGUUGUCGGUGAAAAGAAGAAUUUCAAAGAUGGUUGGGCAGAAGCUAAAUUGCCUGAGUUCAGCAUCAAGAUCAACGAGGAGAUCAAACUGGAUUUUGAAGGGGAUCUCCUAAUUCGUGACAGUGUAGCGCUUGCAGGACUGAUUGAGGCGUUUUCAAAUGAUAAACUGCAGGGAAUGCCUAUCAGGGCAAAGUUUGGAGCAACAAUCAAAUUCUGGGGAAUUACUUGGUACAAGAAUCUCCCUCUACACAAGGAUCUGAAUGUGCCCGACAUAGGCCCAACUGUAGCUGGUCUCUAUAAGGCUCUGCCGCAAGCUGUGAGGGCCAGAAAUUUGAAUCAAGCAAUAAGAUCCCGUUUUGCAGCAAAGGAUCUAUGGACUUUUGAGGACCCAAGCCUCCCUGACAUGGCCAUCCAAAGUGUCAAUAUCUCCAUGUCUGAUACCGGCCUUGGUUUGAACGUCGGCGUGGUAUUCGAAAAUCCCACCAUUAUUCAAGUUGGCGUUCCAACACUUUCCGUCGGGCUCUCUGUUCUUGACCGUACCAUUGCCGUUGUGACAUUACAGGGUGUCAAUAUGUAUCGAGGCGUGACUGAGAUGAAGCUGGAAGCUGAUGUUCGAUUCGUUGAGGCAGAGGCUGAGACCACUGGAAAAGUCAUUGGAGCGUUGGUUGGAUGGCUGCUUGGAGCGGAGGAUCCAGAGGGGAUGCGUCCUUCCGUAAAGGGUCCUGUUGCAAUGGAAGGAGUACAAUUUGUUGGAGAUGUUACGAAACCGCUAUCACUAUUGCUGCCUGUCAAUGCGACCCUCGAGGCACUAAAUUUCGGCAAUCUUAAGGGAUUAUUAUCAGUAUCAGGUAUUGAGAGACUUUUGUCCUCGUCCAAGUUUUCGGCCUCUGUGGGCUCGACCGACAUCACUGCCCCCAUUUCUCUCUCGUUACCGCGAUUAAUACCACUUCCACCCAUCGAUUUCACGUACAUCACAUCCUUGAAUGUUCAUCGAGCCCUGGAUGUCACCGUCAACCCGAUUCGCAUUGUGACAGGACCAGAGGAUAUGAAAAUCAGCACAACCGUGGUCGUCGUACCGGUUAACACGGACGCUGCUGCAGCCGGCCUUGCUGCCGCAAUCAACCCCAUCUUACAAGCCAAACCGCAGAUCUCAUCAAUAAGCAUUUUGGGGCUCACGUUUACCGCGCCGCUUGCUGCUACAAAUAACACAUCAAACAAUACGACAACGAGGACAGGUUUCAAAUGGUCUGACACCCUUCUUAAACCUACGACCAUUCCAGUACCCCUUCCGGUACUAUGCAUCCCUUGCAUUGUGACUCAACUCACCCGUAAUGGAACACAACUUCCGCUUUCAAUACACGCCCUCGACGUCAACCAAUUACUUGAUGCACCCGGAUUUGGAGCCAAAGGGCAAGUAGGGAUAGCGUACCCCACGGCGCUCGCCAAGUUGGAAAUGAACGUCGGAUACGUCGGAGUCGGUGUACAAAUGGGGUCCGCCGCGGUUCCCGUCGUUGGAGUGGACCUACCCACAGGGUUACGCUUUUCUCCAAUUAAUGGGAAUGGCGAGACAGCGGUCGAUCUUGAUGCUCGAUUGGUUAUUGGAAGGAAUGACAAGAUUGUAGGAGUUGUGCAAGGUUUUGUUGAUGCCUUCAUGGCAGAUACCCCAGCGAGCGACGGAGCAACUAUUGUUACGAUUACAGACAUCCUCUUUGGGGCGGCACCGACAAACCGAUUUGUGACAUUCUCGAAGAUAGCACUCUCUAUCGAUACACAGCAGUUCAAAGAGAUUGCUUCGACGUUUGUGAACUCAGCCCUCGGCCAAGUGCUGAAGAAGGAUUUGAUAGUCUUGAACGACUUGGGCCUCAACGUAAUUUCAGCUGGGCAGGUGGAUAUUGGGAUUAAAGCGUUGGUAAGGAAUCCGGUGAUGAUUGGGCUAAAUAUUGGUAGUAUUGUCGUGGAUGCGGCGUUGGAUGAUGGCCACUUGUCGGGUGUGUGGGUCUCACCCAUCGUGCUUGGCAAGGGUACAUCACCUAUAGAUUUGGCUGCAAGCGCGACACCGGCGACAGGUGGGAACGGCAUGGCGAACAAAGUGGCUGUACUGGUCGGUGACUUAAUCGCAGAACAGAUAUCGUCGGUCGUACUGGGCAUCAGUGGGUUCAAGAUGAUUCCACCUGGCAUGGUGGCAGGAAAUGGAACUGGCGGCGCGAUUAUUGACCAAUUCAGCGGUCUGAAAUUCCGUAUCCCCCCCCCCCUGCUACAUCGUCUGAAUCCUUUGAGAUCAGACGCUUCCAUCAACCUAUCGGAAAUCUUAGGUGUUGACCCACAGCUGAAUGGCUUUGGGUUGGCACUAUCGAGUGCGUCUGUACGGACGCUCCCGCAAGCGUCUUUGGCAGUGGGCGCCGGGGCCCAACUGACUAAUCCUAUGCCAGUUUCCGCUAAAGUCCCUUAUGCAGAGAUUACAAUGGAAUUCGGAGGUUUGGACUUUGUGGUGGUGUCCGUGUCCAAUAUUUCGGUUGUGGCGAAGGGGACCGGCAGCAUGACUCCAUCGCUCUCAAUGCGGUUUGUCCACAGCGAAGGCAUUCAGGAUAAAGUGGCUGAGUUCGUCAGCACCUUUAUCAACGGGAGGAUAAUGGAUGGCGUAGGUAUCAAGACGAUAUACUUUGGCACAGGCCCAAAUGAACGGAACGACCUUCUUUCCGCCGUAAAGCUAGACGUCAGUUCAUUCACGAAGAACAUCCGAACCGAAAAUAUUGUGAACGGUAUCGUUGGCAUGGUUUUAGGCAAAGAUUUCCACUUUCCUCUUAGCGUGAACGACCUUUUCGGCGCCGUAAAACAAAUCGUGGAAGGUACGGUGCGUGUGGAGACCCAGGCCAACAAAAUCAUUGCGGCAAAUCUGGAUGGGAUGAGAAUGGCUUUUCCGUUUACGAUAGAUGCUGACAUUGGCCUGGUCGGGGUUGGCAUCGGGAUCGAUGGAAAUGGGCUUAUGGAUGUAAACAUACCUACAGGUGUCAAAAUUGUGACGAGCAGAAUCAAUGGGUUGGGAGCUCUUGUCAGAUUUGCAGAUGGGGAAGGCACGCAGAACAGUGUCGCCGACCUCGGUAGAUGGAUGUUCGAAGGGAACGAAAAAGGUGUUAGCAUCGUCGCCGCUGGGUUGCGUUUGGGGGUCUCGGACUCGGACAGGAUAAGCAGUUUCGAUAAAGUCACGAUCAGCAUUCCGAUUCAGUCUAUAAUUCGAUCGGAAAGCGACUUGUCACCACUCCUGAACCUGUUCGCGCCCUCAAUAACGCGAGUCAAUUUGGCCACAAUGCCUGGGAACGCCAUGUCGCUCGCAGCUGGUGUUGCCAUACAAUCACCGAUUCAACUUGCUGCCAAGUUGGGAUGGGUUGGAGCCGAUGUGAACUUGGACUCUCAUCCUGUUGUGGAUGUUGGCCUUCCCAACCUUGCAAUUGAUGCUUCCAACGGCUCAAGUACGCUGGCUGUAGCAACAUCUUUGUUAUUCAAAGACACGGACGGCACUCGCCGAGCAGUGGCAAAACUGGUCAACGGAAUCGCAAAUGGCGGUGUGGAAAAUGUCAUAGGCAUUAAAGGUCUCGUGCUGGGCGCGUCGGAAGCGGACUCCAUCAAGUCUUUCCAGAAGCUGUCCAUUCCUUUCCGCGUUGCGAGUCUUUUGAGCCAGUUUGGCAUGACGGUUCCCGUCGAUUACGCGCAAGUCCAACGCUUCCUUACAUUGGGUCUUCUAAGCAUGGCCAUAGAUAUCACCAGUGGUAAGAAAAUGGACGUGGGCGUCGGCGCCAAUAUUUCGAUUGUGCCCUUCCCCACGACGAUCAACAUUGGUAGUGUUGGUGUAGAGGUUGACGUAAAUGGCGCGGGACUGAUGGGAGUCGGACUAUCGGAAGGUAUCCAUAUUGGGCGCGCGAAUACCGAAAUCAAGGCUACAGUGACCUUUAGAGAGUCUGACAGGACGGAGAGAGAGGUUGCACGGCUUGUGGAUGGAUUCCUAAACGGCCCUAAAGUUGGGUCUACCAUCGGGAUAGGCCAACUGGUAAUCGGGAACAGUUUUGCGAAAGAAGACCGUAUCACCAUAUUGGAUCAGGUCCAUCUCCCAUUGGAUGUAGAUAAAGUCUGCCAAGGGUUGGGGAUCGCAGUUCCGAUGGAUAUUACCCAGCUGCUAGGAUCGACUUCUACCUCCCUCGGGACCCUCCAUAUUAAAACCGAACCCCGCCAAACGCUGUCUAUCACGGCCUCCACCAAUUUUACCCUCCCAUUCUCGUUCCCAGUUGAUCUGAAGGUUGGCUAUGUCUCGGCAGGCGCAAAUGUUGGCGAUAAGAGAGAUCAAAUGCACCCGCUGGCCGACUUCAGCAUUCCAAAUGGCAUGGUGAUCAAAGGAAAUGGGUUUGGGGCCGACCUGAGAGCCUCCUUGAAGUUCAAAGACCAAGAGGCGACGCGAGAGGUUAUUGCGGGUAUGGUUCAAGGAUUGUUUGAUAAAGGCAUGGACGGUUGGGUUGGAGUGGAGGGGAUCAAGGUCGGCGGAAGCGAAAACGAUGUUAUCCGGGCCUUUUCAAAAGUGCGCGUGAAUCUCUCGCUGGCAAGACUUCUAUCGCAGCUCAAUAUCGCCACUCCCCUGAAUCUUCCAUCGCUUGCGUCGCAACUGAAUGCAACUCUCUCUGACCUGACGGUUGCAACUGCUCCAGCAUCCUCUCUGGAUGUAAGCACCAAACUUGGGUUUACCCUACCGUUACCCUUCAGCAUCACGUUCCAAGCUGAUUACUUUUAUGCGCGGGCGACUGUUGGAAAUGCUCCACUUGCGGUGCUUCAAAUGCCGGGUCUAAGUUUGGGCACUGCUGAUCACGGACGUAAUACUCUCAAUGUUGCGACCCGACUGAAGUUUUUAGAGACCGAGCAGGGGAUGACUGAAGUUGCGAGGAUAGUUGAUAACGUACUGCAAAGAGAUAAGGCAGAUUCCAGCGUUGGAGUUGAUGGAGUGAUGUUUGGUAGUAGUGACGAUCCGGACAAUUGGAUUCGCUUUCUCUCCAAAGCCAAAAUCAAUCUGCCCGCUGAUUCUCUUCUUCAAUCCUUCGGCGUGACCCUCCCUUUGUCGUUGACCUCUCUGCCAUCAAGGCUCAAUGUUACAAUGGAUAAUCCUGUGCAGCUUAAAACACUGCCAAAACGUCAAAUGGCCGUCAAUACUGUGGCCAGUUUCGCCAUGCCUUUUGCAAUCGACUUGAGUAUCGGUUUUGUCAGCGUUCGAGCCAAUGUGAAUGGGAAAGGGUUGGUUAAUGUCGCCCUGCCUGGACUAACGGUGAAAAAAGAUGAAGGAAGAAGCCGAAUUACAGUAGAUACAGUUGUGACGUUUGAGGAUGGAUCGGAUAUCCAAGUGGAAUUGGCAAACGUUGUCGCUGAAAUUGUAGAGGCAAAGUUGAAGAGUAGGGUUGGCGUGGACCACCUAGUGUUUGGGGUCAGUGAGCAGGAUACGAUCAAGUCAUUCUCCAAAGCAAAUCUGGCUCUCCCCGUGUCCGCCUUUGUCAAUGCCACGGAGCCUAUAAAUCUGGGCACUGUCACGGCCUCCUACCUGGAAAGCAUGCUCUUGUCGAACAAUUCUUCAGAGUCAACAGGUCUAACAAUCAAGCACGCAUCCCUAUCUGCGCUUCCAUCCGACAAACUCAAUGCCAAGGCGCAAGCUCACGUCCCACUCCCACUGCCAUUCAAGGUGGAGUUGGACAUUGGGUACGCAGGCGUGAGGUGGAUUGGAGUGGACAAAACCAAAGUUUUGGGAGUUGAUGUUCGAGGAAUACAACUCAAAGAUGAGAACGUGGAAAUUGACGCCCUUAUGGGGUUUGAAGACUCGGGCGAUUCUAGAAGCGUUCUGAAGCACGUAACUGAUGGGAAUGGUGAUGGCUCGUUUCCUGGCACGCUUGGUAUCGCCGGUUUGGUGUUUGGCGCUACCGAUGGUGACAUUAUUCAGGCCUUUUCAAAGAUCGAGCUACCAAUUCCAAUCAACCCCGUUGGCCAAGUACUCUCUAAAUAUGUCAAUCAGCUUAUUGAUAACCUGCUGUCUGGAGUUCCAUCAACUGGUGCAAUCCAACAUGCACCUUCCAAAGGCUUCCAAAUCCAUUUCUCAAAAAAUGCUUCACUGACCAUCUCUCACGCUAGUGUUGAGUUUCAACCUGCAAGUAUAAUAACCGCGGACGUAACCGGGAGCCUACAAUUUCCGGUUGAUAUCGCGGCGGAUUUGCCAUUUCUUGCAGUUGCAAUCGGAUUGGAUGAUGUCAGCUUUCUCGAUACUAGCGUAAACGGUGUCAAAAUCAAUGGCCAAGGUGAAAAUGGCCUGCAGCUCGGUGCUAAGCUUAAAGUCUUCGACUCGGAUCCCGUUCAAGAUAAAGUUGCGGCGAUUGCUACGGCUUUCUUCGACAAUCAGAGCAACCUCCCAGGUCGCUUGAGAAUUACCGGGAUCAAACUCGGUGUAGCAUCGAUAGAUUCUAUCGAGACUUUUAGCGAAAUGGUGUUUUCCUUGUCCCUUGAUCGAGUCCUCGGCCCUUUCAUCAAAGGUUCGAAAAACCAAACACUUGACAUUGGAGAGUAUGUCAACGGGAUCAAACUCAAUAAAGUAGGGGUUCGCGCAGUAGAAGGUCGAGCUCUGAUAGUGGACGCCGGAGUCGGAUUUAACAGUCUAUUCCCCAUCACUAUCAAAGGGCUUGGCUAUGUUGCUGUCGAUCUUGGGGUGGACGAAGUGGACUUGAUGACGGUAGGCUUACCUGGGAUAAUGUUGGUUGACGGUGCAAACUCCAUGGACCUCCGCGUGAACGUCGGUUUUCGUUCAUCGGAUAGCGUUCAGACAAAGGUGGCGUCGUUCUUCCAGAAUAUCUACACCGUUGGAUGGGGUAACACCAAGGAACUGCUUGCUCUCGCUGGUCUAAAAGUCGGAUACAGUGAAAACGACUACAUACGCGCCUUCUCAAAAGCUAGGUUCGGACUUCCCAGUGCGACUGUGCUAAGUCCCGGAAAUGUCGAUUGGGUCCUGUCCCUAGUUGGCAUGAAUCGCUCAGAUUUCACUGCAGCGAACUUACUGCCGCGUAUCGAUAUACGAGGCGCUCAUAUAUCGUUCGAUGACCAAGACAGGUUACAAGUUGUUGGCAAAGCUCUUUUGAAAGGCUUCUCCAUUGACGCUUCGAUUGCUUUCCCACACGUGUCUACUCAACUCGGACUGAGCGGGCUAGUGUUUGCGGAUUUGGAGAUGAAAAAUCUUGUUAUCAGGCAACAAGGUGGAAAUGGACUCUUGACCGAAUUUACCAUGACCAUGGCAUUCCCUAAUGGUGGAACAGGCGGGAUUCAGCAAGCUGUGGCCGAUAUCGCGAGUGAUAUGCAAAAACCAAAUGGAACAAUUAGGGGCGUUGGGCAAGCGACCAAGUUUGGAUUCGGCGUUUCCAGGGAUGACAUGAUUGACGCCCUUGGAAAAUGUGUGGGUGAACUCUCCAUGCAAUCCAUCGGCAGACCCGCUGCAUCCCUUUUCCACGAUCUGUUAGUAUCAGUGGUUCUCGACCUUGUCGAUUUGGCUCCUGUGAGCGAGAGUGCCUUAGAAGCGAACGUAAUUGCCCAUAUGACCCCUAUCAUUCCAGACAUUAUGGCGUCGAUUCCCUUCUUGUUUAUUGACGUUCGAGUGGAUAGCAAUGUCUUCGUAAUGGCAGAAGCGACAGAUAUUCGACUCGACCCGUCAGGCAAAGUGCUUGUCAAGGCAAAUGCGGGAUUUGCAUUGCAAAAUCGCGCCGCGGCGCAGACACUGGCUACUAUCGGUGGAGACGCCAUAUUCCGGCGUCCAAAGCCAAUCUCAACCAAGGUUGCUUUUAGCGGUAUCAGAUUUGGAAGGUCAAAGGAGACUGCCAUACGAAUCGCUGAGACCGCGAUCAUCGAUUUCGAUGUAGCGACCUUCCUAAAGGGCGUUGCGGACUAUAUCUCAUCCCCUGCAACUGAGAUGGUUCUCACAGAUAUUAUUACCCAGAUUACACCGGAAGGCGCCGAUGUCAAAGCAACAGGCAAACCUCUCGGACCCCUCAUGCCAUUCCGAGCCCGACCCGGAGCUAGCGCUGUAGCGGUUGUGACAUACGACAAAACAGAUAUCGUUCAAGUGUAUUUCAACAAAAUCGGCAUUGAACCUGGCAAGCCUAUUGAGCUGGACAUCAAAGUCCACUUCCUUCUUCCAAAUGUCGUAGAAUCCCUGCAAGAUAUCAUUCCGCGGUUGCUGACAUGGCGAAAUAUUGCAGAACGAGCCACUUUGGGCAAAUUGGCAUUAACAAUGGGUGACCCACGGUCUCCGAGUGUCAGCUUCAAUAUGUUUGACCAAGUCGCCAUUCAGGCCCCCGAACUUUAUAUGUAUCAGCCGCUGGUUGUUCGUCCCAAACUCGUCAAUCCGUUAACCCAGGGUCUUGGCCUCGAUGUCUUUGUCGGUAUGCCAAAUCCUGGUCCAUUCCAUUUGAAUCUGGGUGUUGUCGGUGCGAAGAUCACGAAUGGUGGAGGAGAGUUUGGACGCGCCAGCACACCAGACGGGAUCGUUCUUAAGAAUGUAAACGAGGGCGGCAAUGAUCCGAACCGUAAUCAGUUCCGGCUGGCGGUUCGGCUAGAAUUACCUAAGAAUCCUCUGUUGAUCUGGGGAGCGCUUCUCGACAUUCUAACGGGAAAAUUCACUGAUUUUAACCUCGAGUUCUUUGCGGAAACGAUCGGGGGCCAGCGGGUUCCGUGGUUGACAGCGUGUUUGGAUGGUGUUCCACUAUAUCUCAAAGGCAACCUUUUGCGAAUUAUUGUGGGUCUCCUUACACAUAUGAAAAUCCAGCUUGGACCGCUUACGAUUCCGCCGCCUCCGAUAUUUAACCAGGCAGCGCAGAACCUCCUUGGCAGCCUGCCGCAACAGGUGCUGAUUACAGACUUUGAUGCUCCACUGGGCUUCCUGCCAGCAAAUUCGACGCUUCCCGCCGCUAAUCAAACGAUACCGGCGAACAUUACCUCGUCGGUCUCCUCAUCCUUGUCUGCUCCGACCGUUUCCACAACAGUUAUACUGCAACCAACUUCCAGCGCGCCUAAUAGGGCUGCUUCAGCGCCCGCACCCGCGCGGUCAGUCUCGGCAUCGGCGUCGUUUGUUGCAUCAGCCACAGCCGCAAGGCCACCGCCAGUACCAUCACUGGUCGUUACUUAG